CUAGGCUCAUAUCAUCAUUCAUCCAUAUCAUCUCCGUGGACUGCACAGCUUGAUCCACUCUCAUCUGUGGGCGACAUGUCACAUGAGCCGCAUUGAGCUGGGAGGUUCUAGAUCAUUCCACAACGAUCUCUUCGAGUCAGUUCCUGUCAUUUCCCGCACCUCAAUGCUUGGCAACCUUCUGCUCAGCCGACGUGUCCUAGAACACGUAUCUGCACUCGACACGUCUUGCUUCGUUCACUUGUAAUACAAAAGCCCUUUGCUUGAAUGACCAAUGGCUACAAUUCACCUCCACCACCUAAAAACACACUCCCAUGUCCCAACUCAAGCACCUCGCUCGUCGGCGUCGCCUCACCCGCACACAGGCGCGAUCCACGCUGACGACAGCCGCUUUCAUCUUUCUCGCGCUCUUGGCCCUCAUAUGUUUAUGCCCGGUUUCUGUCAAGGCGGAGGGGCAAGAGAACGCUGAGAAACGCGACAAUGGCGCAGUUAUUGGCAUUGACCUCGGGACUACCUAUUCAUGCGUCGGCAUUCUGCGCAACGGCCAGGUCGAAAUCAUCGCAAACGACCAAGGAAACCGCAUCACUCCGUCGUGGGUCUCCUUCAUCGACACCGAGCGCCUCAUCGGCGACAGCGCGAAGAGCGCGUUCCACAACAACCCGCGCAACACGGUAUUCGACGCGAAACGGCUCAUCGGGAGGACUAUGGACGAUCCGCAGCUCCAGUCGGAUGUCAAGCACUUUCCUUUUAGGGUCAACGACGUGGACGGGAAACCUGCGAUCUCGAUUCGGUAUCAAGGAGAGACCCGGGACUUCACUCCGGAAGAGAUCAGUGCCAUGGUGCUGACCAAAAUGAAGGAGACGGCCGAAGCGUAUCUCGGCGAGAAGGUCACCCGCGCUGUAAUCACUGUCCCGGCAUACUUCAACGACGCUCAGCGUUCAGCGACUCGAGACGCAGGGACGAUCGCUGGGCUAAAUGUCCUGCGGAUCCUCAACGAACCGACCGCCGCUGCACUGGCCUACGGGCUCAACAAACAAGGCGGCGAAAGCAAGGUCCUCGUGUACGAUCUCGGCGGAGGCACGUUCGACGUCUCGCUGCUCUCGAUCGAGGACGGCGUGUUCGAGGUCCUGUCGACCGCCGGCGACACCCAUCUCGGCGGGGAGGACUUUGACCACCGCGUCAUGGAUCACCUGGUGCAGGCAUACGAAAAGAAGACGGGCACCGACGUGACGGACAACGCGCGCGCGAUGGGGAAGCUGAAGCGGGAGGUCGAGCGAGCGAAACGGGUGCUGUCGACGCAGCAGAGCGCGACGAUCGAGAUCGACAGCUUUGAGAAUGGGAACGAUCUGCUGGAGACGCUGACGCGGGCCAAGUUUGAGGAGCUGAAUAUGGACCUGUUCCGGCGGUCGAUGAAGCCCAUUGAGCGUGUUCUGAAGGACGCCGGCAUCAAGAAAGAGCAGAUCGAUCAGGUCCGCAGGAGUGUGUUGCUGUCGUUGCCCUUCAUUGACCCCAACUUGCUCCAGAUCGUCCUCGUCGGUGGAUCGACUCGGAUUCCCAAAGUGCAAGAGAUUCUGACGCAGUACUUUGGGAAGGAGCCGUCGAAGGGCAUCAAUCCCGACGAAGCAGUGGCCUUCGGUGCCGCUGUCCAAGCCGGGGUCCUCGCAGGCGAGGAAACCGGCGCACUCAUCGUCGAUGUCGUGCCACUCACACUCGGAAUCGAGACGACCGGCGGCGUCUUCACCCCGGUAAUCCCCCGCGGGACGACGAUCCCGACGAGGAAAUCUCAAGUAUUCUCGACCGCGGCGGACAACCAGGAGACCGUGUUGAUACAAGUGUACGAGGGCGAACGGAAGAUGUCCAAGGACAACAACCAUCUCGGCGAGUUCGCGUUAUCCGGGAUUCCGAUGGCGCCGCGAGGGGUCCCGCAGGUUGAGGUCACCUUUGGGGUCGAUGCGAAUGGUAUUCUCACCGUGAACGCGGUGGACAAGGGCACCGGCAACCAGAAAGGCAUCACGAUCACGAGCGGCGGGCGCCUGUCGCAGGCGCAGAUCGACGAGAUGCUCGCGGACAGCGCGCGCUUCGCGGCGCAGGACGAGGAGCACCGCCGCCGGAUCGAGACGCUCAACACGCUCUCGUCGCUGGUGUUCGGCACCCGGAGCGAGUUCGAGGGCGAGGGCGGCGCGGGUCACAGGCUCAAGGAUGUGGAUAAGGAGGAGAUCCUGGCCCUCGUGCGGGAGCACGUGCGCUGGAUUGACGAGCAGGGCGCAUCGGCUUCGACGGAGGGUCUGGAGGACAAGCUGAAAGAGUUUCAGAGCGCUCUUUCGGAGCUCAAGAGCAGGGCGGGGGCUGUGGAUGAGGAGGAGUGGAUGUAUGGGGAGCUGUAGGACUCGGUUAGAUCUCUCUGCAACCAUUGAUGGCAUCUCACAUGUGUCGUUACAAGUAGACGAAUACAAAACCAUAACUUCAGCGUUAUUAAUCCAGAGUGAAUACAGGGCUGCCUCGUCUGGACCUGUUCACCACGUCGAAUUUGAAUCU